AUGCUUUGCACCGGCGUGAGACAGCUGGCUGAUGGCACACUCAACGUUCGUGAUGUAAAUGUUCCACCACGGAACGUUGGAGGCGUUGGAUUUGUCGUACACCCAUCUGUGGUCCAUCUUGUCGAUUCGCAUGAGAUCCUAUCACUUCGCUUAGCUCUCUUCGACUCCAUCUCUUUCUACAGAUUGGUUGUGGGUGACUUCAAUGCGAAAGCGGGAUGUCAGAAGAAGGGGAGCAUAGGAUCGGAUAAUUUAGAUCAGACUCCGGGACAAGAAUGGAAGAAAGAACACCGGCGGUGGACAUGGGAGUCACCCAACGGUACGACUCAUGCGAGGAUCGACCACAUCUUUGGUGUUUACUGGACGUCUCAAUGGUACCAUCCUUCAGUAGUUGCUCAGAUCACCGCCUCCUUCGAGCAAAAGUGCGAUUGUGCCGAACGCUGGAAAAGAAGAUCUGUCACCGUGUUAAAAAAGGAGAGAAGUCGCACAUGA